AUGAUCGUCGGAGUCGGACAGCGCUGGAACAUGUCUGCCCUAGACAGCAAUCACAAUCAGCCGAGCUCUCAGCGAGCUUCUAAACUCACAAAGACAUCCAAGAUGUUCGAGGGCAUUUCCUUCUACUUCGAACUCGAGUACAGCUUGACUAUUGCCGGCGUACGUGAUGCAGCCACCGUUCGGUGCAGGGGCGGGCUGAUCGUCCCCCACCCAACACCUCAAGCCACCAUCAUCGUCGAUACCCCGCGGGCCCACCCCCGAAAGCUCGUGCUACAGGUGCCGCAAGCCCCUCCGCAGGGGGACACGACCACGUCUGGACUCGUGGCGCGCUAUGGCGGGUUUGUGGGCGUGUCGGCGCCGUAUGGGCCCAGAGGGGUCGUGCUGCGCUCAGAUUGGGUGGAGGCGUGUGAGAGGGUCGGGAAGGUUCUGAGGGAUGAUUUUUACGCGGGAUGGGAAGUUCGAGGAACUUGGGAUCCCAGACUGGUCACCAAGAUUCCCCCGCCUCCUCCACCCGCACUUCCGCCCCCUGCACUGCCACCGGUCCCACCUCCUGUCUCCCAGCCGUCGGCCGUGGCUGGUCCAUCGCGCCUGCCCACACCUCUCACCUCGUUACAGCCUCCUUCAGCCGGACCAUCGCGAUACCUCCCCUCGCCGCCUCCCACCGCCUCCUCCGCGCCUAUUGUGGCAUACCAGCCGCGUAGCAGGGUAUCGUCCGCUCCCGGGACCGACAGCAGUCAAUCUGGCACGGCGCCUGAGGCUGCGCCGGGUCCCAGACCCGUGACGUCCGGUCCGAGGGUAUCCCUUCCCACCCCCCUACCCAGACCACCCCAGAAUAAAGCACCACCAAGCGGUCCCUCACGUCCUAUGGGCACCAAUCCCCCAGUCGGCCCUAGAGCGGCUGCACCCGUACGCCAAUGCAAAGACAUCUAUACGGCAGUCUUCGGUGAAGCUAGUAGCUCUGGAAGCGACUCGGAAGGCGCGGCGGACGCAGAGCCUCCUCGUCGUCGUCAAGCUCGACGGUCGGCUCCAGCGCCGGUCAUGAAGGACGUAAAGCUCGUCUUCUCGGACAGCGACGAGGAGGACAAUCCUUCCCCGCUCUUACGCCGGCCAGCCAGACACGUAGCCGCCACAGAGGACGACGAGCUGCAAUUCUCGGACAGCAAUAAGGGAGAUUCGCCUCCUCGGCUGGUCGAUUCUGCCGUCAUCGAUCUGACAAAGGACGAAGAGCUCGAAUUCUCGGACAGCGAAGAGGAGGAGGGCGAGCAGGAAGGAAGACCGAUGCCUCUGCCAGUCCGGCAGGUGGCUCGCGGACGGAACGCCGAGCUGCGGUUCUCCGACAGCGAGGAGGACGACGAGGCUGAGGCGGGACCGCUCGACCGAGUCGACCCCGUCGAGGCUUUGCCAGACGCGGACGGGCUGAUCUUUUCGGACGGGGAGGGAGAGGCUGUAGAAGAGAUCCCAGGAAGGGCGGAAGCUGCGCCGGAAGCGCGAGGCGAGGACUUCGCGGAUCAGCUGGUCUUCUCGGAUGGAGAGGACGAGCUCGAUCUUAACGGCCUCGAUACGCCUCCUCUUAGGCCCGCGUCUCCUCGAGGUCUUGCUGGCGGCGUGCUCCGUCCACCUGCGGAUCAAGGGCAGCUCGAUUUUGAUCAGCCGUCUGACCCCAUUACUUCGGCGGGGGCCGAGGCGGGCCCGUCCGAUCUCGACCGCGCCCUCGACGCCUUUGUCGAUGACAUCAGGCCGCUUCUCCCAUCUUCCGCCGGCGACAGAGCGGACGGGUCCGAGCCGCAUCAGCGGGAUCUGACCGGGGACAUCGAUGGGGGCCAAGACGAGCAGGAGUCGGACGAGGAAAUGGGGGACGAUUGGGCAGGAAUCGUCGGCAUGGAGGAGGAGGAGUUCCUGCUUUUGCUCGAGGGAAACGUUCGGGGGGCGUCGCUGGACCACAACGACGAUGACGAAAUCGCUGGAGCCGGUUCGGUGGAGGCGAAGAUGGAUCUUGAGGGGUCAGGGGCGGAAGAGGCGGAUGAGAGAGGGAUGGAUCAGAGAGAGGCGGAGGUGUCGAACGGGGAGGUUGCUCAGGUGGAAGAUCUGGGCGAGAUGGAUAUGGAGAUUGAGGCGGUGACUGAGGUGGAAGGGGAUCUGGGCGAGAUGGACAUGGAGAUCGAGAUCGGGAUCGAGGAGGACGAGCUGCUCACCACCCACGGCAGCUCGUCGGCAGGACAGGCCGCCGAUCCCGUUCCGCGCCGGUCAUCUUCCCCAGCGAUGCUCCACCCGCCGCACGUCGAGAACCAGCAGAUGGCGCAGCAAGGUCCGGCCCCAACCCUCGAGCGAAGGCGCCCAAUCGGCGGAUUGUUCGAGGUCAUGUCCGGAAUCCCGUUGGAAUUCUCUGUCGCACCCGGCGAGCUGCAAGCUGAGGUCGAGCAGCUUAUAAUGGCCAAUCGCGGCGAGCUCCUCCCUCCUGCCGAAGCUGCCUAUGUCAUCCUUCCCUUACCUCCCGGUCAGACCGCGACCGACCGUCAGCACGUACAAUGGAUCAAGGCACGCGAGGGGCGGAGGUCACGGGGAGCUCUCAGUCACCUUUGGGUGCAGGCGAGCGUGGAUGCGGGGGAGAUGGUGGAUAUGGGAGAUUACAGGGUCGGGAUCGCCGAAGGGGUGGAGGUAGCGCUGGAGGAGGAAACGAGGAUGGAGGAGAGGAGGAUUGCGGAGGAGAUGCGAUUCGCGGAAGAGGCGCGAAAGGCGGAGGAGGAGAGGAUAGCGGAGCGGGAACGAAAAGAUGAGGAGGAGAGUAGACGGGCAGAGGAGGAGAAGCGAAGGGCGUACCAGGAGACGAUAAGAGCAGAGGUAGAAAGGAGGCUGGAGGCGGAGGCGGAGCGAAAAGCAGAGGAGGAGCGGAAGGCAGAGGCGGAGCGCGCAGCCGUCGUGCUGGCUCAGUCAGCGGAGGCGGUGAUCGAUGGUCAGGAGGUCGAAAUGGAAAUGGAUGUGCGGACGGAGGCACCAACGAGCAGGUCGGUAUCUGAGCGGACAAAACGGGCGUUGGAGGGGAAGGAUGCCCGGCGUUCAUCUUCCGAGCUAUCGAGCGUCUCUUGUCCGACGCCGUCGCCCCUAUCUGGACCUAUCAACCACGAUCCCCCCUCCGGGCCUGCGGUCGCAGACGUGCCGCUUGGCUGGAAGGAUACUGUGGCUGUCGAGCAGCUCGCAGCCGUAUUGAUCGACUGGGACCGUAAUGGCGGUAAGGGCGAUCCCCAGAGCUUCUUGCUCAGCCUGACUUUCCGAGACCAGAACGGCCUCGCCGUUUUCCUCCGCUACCGUCCACUCCUCGCUGCCCAUAUACCCUGGCUGGCUGACAUGCCGCUGGGCGGUAAAAAGAGGGGAAGACCGAGCUUGUCGGGUGGAGGGGGGACGGCUAGUCCGGAUAGGGGACCUAGGCGGAAACCGAAGUAG